AUGGCCAGCACGGUCUUUACAGAUCAAAUGACCAUUUUUGUAGAAUUCAUGUUAAUUAUUGAAAUUGUAGCAGAUGAGUCCCUGCAAGGAGAGUUCCAAAGGAAGCUUUACAAGGAGCUGCUGAAAAAUUACAACCCUCUGGAGCGACCGGUUGCCAAUGAUUCCCAGCCACUCACUGUCUACUUCACUCUCAGCCUCAUGCAGAUCAUGGAUGUGGAUGAAAAGAAUCAAGUAUUAACAACAAACAUCUGGCUACAAAUGUACUGGACAGAUCAUUAUCUACAGUGGAACGUGUCUGAGUACCCGGGAGUGAAGAAUGUCCGUUUUCCAGAUGGACUGAUUUGGAAGCCAGAUAUUCUUCUCUAUAACAGUGCUGAUGAAAGAUUUGAUGCUACAUUUCACACUAACGUUUUAGUCAAUUCUUCAGGACAUUGCCAGUAUCUGCCACCAGGCAUAUUUAAAAGCUCAUGCUACAUAGAUGUGCGCUGGUUUCCAUUUGACGUUCAGAAGUGUAACCUGAAGUUUGGAUCCUGGACUUACGGAGGCUGGUCCUUGGACUUACAAAUGCAAGAAGCAGAUAUAUCUGGCUAUAUUUCAAAUGGAGAGUGGGAUUUAGUAGGAAUUCCUGGGAAAAGAACUGAGAGUUUUUAUGAAUGUUGUAAAGAACCCUACCCAGAUGUGACAUUCACAGUCACUAUGAGACGUCGGACUCUCUAUUAUGGACUCAAUCUUCUUAUUCCUUGUGUACUGAUAUCAGCACUUGCUUUGUUAGUUUUUCUGCUUCCAGCAGACUCGGGAGAAAAGAUCUCAUUAGGUAUAACAGUCUUAUUGUCUCUGACUGUCUUCAUGUUACUUGUGGCUGAAAUUAUGCCAGCAACAUCAGAUUCCGUGCCCUUAAUCGCUCAGUAUUUUGCCAGCACUAUGAUUAUCGUUGGUCUUUCUGUUGUUGUCACUGUUAUUGUUCUACAAUACCAUCAUCAUGAUCCAGAUGGGGGGAAAAUGCCUAAAUGGACAAGAAUCAUCCUUCUCAACUGGUGUGCUUGGUUUCUGCGGAUGAAAAGACCAGGGGAAGAUAAAGUGCGUCCUGCCUGUCAACAUAAACAGCGUCGAUGUAGCCUGUCAAGCAUGGAGAUGAACACUGUGAGUGGACAGCAAUCCAGUAAUGGGAAUAUGCUCUACAUUGGGUUUAGGGGGCUGGAAGGGGUUCACUGCACACCUACCACUGAUUCAGGAGUGAUCUGUGGGAGGAUGACCUGCUCACCAACAGAUGAAGAAAACCUGCUGCACAGUGGGCACCCGUCUGAAGGCGACCCAGAUUUGGCUAAGAUCUUGGAAGAGGUCAGGUACAUUGCAAACCGAUUCAGAGACCACGAUGAAGAGGAAGCCAUUUGCAAUGAAUGGAAGUUUGCAGCCUCUGUAGUGGAUCGGCUCUGCUUGAUGGCUUUUUCAGUCUUCACAAUCAUUUGUACAAUUGGUAUUUUAAUGUCAGCACCAAACUUUGUAGAGGCUGUGUCUAAAGAUUUUGCUUAACUACUAACUACAAUCUGAUUCUCUGAACUAUGAUAUG